AACAUUAUGCAAUAUUAUACAUAUAGACGAGCAUACGGUUAUAUCGCGUUCGAAACUUCCAAUGCUAGCACAUAUGACGUCACUGAAUAUCGGCUGCUUGCGGGGCACUGGUCAUGACAAACUCCACAGACUCUGGCUGGCCAUUUGGACUAAUCUUGGACCGACAAUACCUCUUCUCUCUUGCUUUCCAUUAUAUAUUAUUACUUCAUGAAAAUGGCAGUAAAGUAGUCGAUGGGAUCUUAGAUGUAGGCGCCAAAUCUUUGGAGUAUAUAUUGCAGAUCCUGAGUACACUCCAACCGGAAACCAAGCUAGUCCUUCUUUUCUGCACGUUGUCUAUGAUUAUUUGUCUGCUUACAUGCAUAAAAGUUUCAAGAUACCGCAAUAAUCACAUUUUCCCUCCUGCGGGAUCCAAUUCAAUGUAUGAUUGGAGUGUGUUUGAUCUGGCAAAGACUGCAUAUGAACCUGGUCACACAGAAGCAGUAGUGAAGUUGGUUGAGAGAUAUGGAUAUGAUGUAAAUUAUGUUAUGCCAACUAAUGGACUCUCUCUAUUUCUGUGUGCCUGUCUGAGUGGGAGAAGAGGGUUGAUUUCAUACAUGAUUGAGAGAGGAGCUAAUGUGAAUAUGACAACCUCGUCUGGGGACACCUCACUGUACCUUGCCACUUAUGGUGUUCUCAAUUCCCCGAGACAGGAGCUAGAAUUACUCACUGAUCUCAUCAAAGCAGGAUGUGAUGUCAAUCAACGAAACCAAAAGGGUUACACUCCUCUCCACCGCGCAGCCAGCAGGGGGAGUAUACCUGUCAUCAAAUUACUGCUCAAACAUGGUGCGGAUCCGUACUUCUGCAGUAAAUCGGGAAUCUACCCAAUCGACAGUGCCAUUACAGCAGGUCAUAUGGAAGCUGCUGAGCUGCUUAAAAUCGAGGUGGAAAACCCUCAUGUGUGGGACGUUGUUGACCCCCACACCCCUCCCCGGAUACAACUGGGUCUGCAGAGUCCCCCAAGACGUCACCUGUUGGAGUCCUCACGGAAACGGUCCUUCCGAAAAGUUGUGGCGUAAAACAAGUUACUGCAUAAGGUGGAAACUGCAAUACAAGCGAACACCAUCAUAGGAGACUAGAUAAGAAAGAAUCCUUUGAAAUUUUCAAGCACCUUUUGUAAUUCUACAGACGUAAGAGUGCCUCUGAGUGAGCUGUAUCUAGUAGAUAUGUUGGUAUGCCCUAACAUGAUCUUAGUCUGAUCAAAAAACUAACAGUAUAAAGCAAACAGCAAAGCCAACUAAGACUCUAAGUUAAAUAAAGUUCCUUAACAUCAAUAUGAUAUUGAUGAUAUAUUAUCAUUCCUAAUAUAGAUACGUUAUUAUUUUGAUAUAAUAGAAAUAUAUCAGAUGGUUACUAAGUGUUGAUGAGUUUUAUUGUAUGUGUGGCGGUAAGACGGGUCCGAUCGCCGGUGGCCAGAUACCUCAGUUAGUAGAGCAUCUACCUGGAGAUACAGGUGGCCCAGGUUCGAAUCCCAGUCUGGACUGUUGCAUUUUCUUCCUUUCUGAUACAUUUGGUUCCGUAGAUCAACUUUUGGAACCAACAGGUGAAAUUACCUGCCAGGGGAAAGAACCUGGAUUGAUGUCUUCAAGGUGUGAAGACAUUUAAGAUAGGUUCAAUCAUCGGUGGUCAGUCAGGAGCUGGAGAGUGGCAUUUUCUCCUUUCCUGUUCUAUAUGCAUUAUUUUAGAGUUGUCAAAUUAUGUAGUAACCUGUCACUCGCCAUUUAAAGGCAUAAAGUUAAAUGUCUGUGGUAACCGUGUUUCUAUUAAUAUAUGCUGUUGUAGGCCUGUGUGUAAUUUUCGGGAUGCUUUUCCAUAUCGACAGAAUGUUUCAACCAGUAAAAGAAUCCGCACGUAUUUUCACAGGAAACUAAUUAUGAAAUUAAAUUGAACUUUGCGUGGUUGAAUGUUAUCUAAGAAAUAAAGUACCAAGUUUUCAUGGGUGUUGCAGGAUAACCUCCGAGGUGGAGUGAAAAAAAAAACAUUUCGAGAUGGAGGUGGUUUUCCUUCAUCAUCCAAGAAAACAAGAACUUUAUUUCUAUUCUACUACGGCUUAGAAAUAUAUACAGUCGAUUGUUUCCUAUACAGUUACGAAUCAUUAGAUCACUUUGUGACAUCAUGGAGCUUCUGAAAUGAAAUAGGUCUACAUGCUUUUGCUGACAAAAAGUGUCACAUGGUAGAGUAUAGUAGUAGAUCUGUUUUGAAAAA